AUGGAGCCACUAAGGGCGGUCAGCGUGAAGAAGCCGAAGCGCACCAGCUCCGUGCCGGGGAGCCUGAGGCAGGCUGCGUAUAGACGUAGUGUCCCUCAGGCUCUCGUAGAUGCAGUGUGCGCGGCGCGUGAACGCUUUGAGCGCUACGGGGCGAGUUCGCUGUUGAGGACCGUCGUAGAGCCACCCGGCGAUGGGGCGCGUGAAGCCGCACGGUCGGGUGACAAGAAGGAUAGGGACGAUCAUGCCCAGCAGCCGCAGCUGGAUUCGUCCGCUUUGUUGCCGGAGGUGACGUCAACGCCGCCAUCAUCGAGUGAAGCGAAUACAAACGCCUGUGCAGCUUCAACGGAACCCAUCGUAGGGGAGGCGGAGCGGGACACUGCGGCAGCGGAUGCUGUGGUCACUGAUGACGCCACGCCUACUGCUGCCGGAACUCCAAAGGCCCGACUUACCGCCUCGGAGACGUGCAUUCCAUACGAUACCGCAGUAACGCGCGAGGCCAUGGGGCGACUGAGGCACGUGUUAAGCUACUGCCCCGAGAAGAUUGCUGCAUUUCUUCAACACCUCCGCGAGGUGGGAGCGACAAGGGUGUCUGAAAUUUCCGCGGCCCCACUUUCUACGGUGCCUAGAGGGAAACCUAGUUCCUCUGCGCAUCACACAGCUCGCCAACGCGAGGCGCUGUCGGAAUUAUGGGGCGAACGACGAGACGCGCCUGUCUCUGUCUCCACCACGAUUGGGCGGAAGCGUGGUCUGUUUGGUGGUGUGGAGCAAAAGCAGCUGCACCAGUGUGUCAUCUCCGUCCUUAACCGUGUGUCGAAUGACGCAGUCAAGUUUCGUGAGGUGAAGAACGAGUUGCUACGCUUACCCAUUCCCGAGGCGAACGACGUGAUGCUGGCAAAAAUUGCUGAGGUCUUUUUUUUUAAGGCUGUGCAAGAGCAACACUUCUCCUGCUUGUAUGCCGAUUUAGUCUCCGCACUCUGCAAGGUGCCAGAGGGGCAACGACUUGUGGGUGACAAGGCGCAGAGUCUUGAGUAUAGGCUGCGGCAGCAACUGCUGCAUCGCUGCCAGGUGGAGUUUCAGCAGCUGGAGGAGCAGAACAUAGAGCGGGCGGAGAAGGGCGGGGAGGAUCGUGAUUCGCAAGGGGCAGAGGAGGCUUUUAAGGAGCGACGGGAUCGGGCGUGUGGUAUUGUGCGGUUUGUGGGGGAACUCUUCCUGCGUCAAAUUGUGACAGAGAAGGUGAUUGAGAGCAUUCUCAUGACGGCCUGCACGGGAUUGUACGGUCGUGAGGGGCUUCGUGUCCCUCCGCCCUACACACCGACGGAGUCACAGAUGGAUGAGGCGAUCAUGCUACUAAGCAUCGUGGACACUGCCUUCUUCCGCACGACCGUGGGGGCGGCUAUGCUGAUGAAUACCACAAACGUCCUGAAGUACUGGUGUAUACACCAUCCGGUGUCGCGCGUUAGGUUCCUUCUCAUGAAUGCCAUCGAAAAACUGAAUAAGAUUGUAGAGAAGCGGAAUGCCGCACUUGCCGCGGCACAAGAGAAACAGCAACAACAGCCGCAGCAACAUGCAGAGGAGCAGCAACAGCAGCAGCCGGUUCAGGAGGGAAAACGGUUGGUGAAUGGUGGCAGUGUGCCCCAAUCCCUUAGUUCAUUCAGCGAAGAAAAUCUGUUUGCCUCCACAGACGGUCGAACUGCAGUGGCUGCGUGUGACAUGUCACCGAGAGGCAGACUGCCGAUGUUUGUUGGCGGCAAACCUAUCCCUGCCCCACGGAGUGCCGCCUCACGUCAAAACAGCAUCACGUCAAGUAUCUCAGUCAACGGCCCCACAAACCCCAUCCCUCAAGUGAUGAAGCAGGUGGCCACGCCGGAGAGUGUGGCCAACCACAUGCAAAAUGUUACCGUCGCUGGCCGCAGCCUAGACGAAGUAGUGAAUGAAAUAACGAACACGUUUGCAGACGUCCUCGCUGUGGUGGAGGUUUGGACCGAACGCUGCUUGACUAUCGUGAAGGCGGUGAAGGAUCGCGCGAUGUACGGUGGCUUUCUGUCCUCCAUCAAUCAGCAUCACAAAGGGGCGCUGAAGCAGGAACUGCGCAAGGUUGCCAUGGGCGUCUUUGCCUAUGCUGUGUCUCAGCGGCUGUACGAAGACUUGAGCAUUUUCAAAUACUGGGCUGCGAUGAUUUGGAGUGAUGCCUCGCGGGAGGUGCUGGACGAGGACUUGCUCAAUGAGGCGCUGCGACACCUCUUGACGAAGGAUGCAGCUGCGGUGCGGCUGUACCUAUGCGAUGUGUCGAAGCAGCUGCAGCUCCUCACUAGUGUCCCGCGGGCACCGAGCGAUGAGGCGACGAACUUUGUGCGCUACCGUCCACUGCAGGUUGUUCAUCGGCACAACACGCACCGCAAGCAGGACUACGAGCUGAGUGUCGUGAACUUCUUCGAUGUUCGUUCCACGAGCAUGGAGAUCAAUGUCUUCUGCACGCUCCUCACGGGGACACCUACGAAGGAGGCUCUGUUUAAUGCUGUGCGCUCCUCCGCGUAUCUGCGCUGCCCACUAGUCGCCCCUGAGGUGCUUAGCGCCAUUCUGCACGCGGAGCUCUGCAGCAACACCACUGCCUACCUCGAGGACAAUUUGGAUCUGCUGAGUUUGGUUAGCGAUGGCCAGGAUCGGGGGGUGCGCGAGCUGCUUCUCGUCGCGGAGUUGUACGCCGCCUUGAAGGACGACUCCUCAGAGGCGCUGAGGCCACUUUCUGCGGGGGCGCGCGUCAUGGCAAAGUUAAGCGACCGCAUCAUCUCUGACGAGACACGGCUGCGUGCGCAGAAGUACUUUGAGUCGCGCGACGACUGUGCCCACCACUACAUUGGCGCACCGGCAUCUCACGGGCAGACGCGCCACGCCAACAGCGACGGCCUCGGCACCAUGAACACCAGCAGCUUCACAAACAGCAUCGCGCGUCGGCCGGGGACUCAGCGUCGCUGA